CGCAGCUACGAGUCGGGCGCCGCAGUGUUUGUCAGUCCUUCGUAUGGACAUCACGUUCGACGAGACUGAUAGUACCUGCCGGUAUUGGCAUCCGUAUACAAGCCGUACAAAGUUUUUGGCGGCAUCCAUCAUCGUCGAUAGCCACCAACGUCGAUCGCGCGUCAAUUCCGUCCCGUAGAUGAACCCGCGGUCGCGGAACGCGUCCCCGCGAUCCCCGGUAUCGUCAUCUCGCGCGCCUCGUCACUCUGUCCACGAGCGGACGAGCGGCGCCGCGAGAUCCUUACGGACAGUGGACGAGAUGUGAAGACGUCGUCUUGGAAGCGAUGUGGCUUCCGUUGAUGCUGCUCGCCUUGACGGCGAGUGGUUCCUUUCAGUGCGAAUUACCAUCAUUCAGUGAAAAAUAUCUCAUCGCUCACUUAGAUUGGCUGGACAUAUACUGUGGCGGAGACCCACCCAGUCUAUCGCAGUUACCCAAAACAACGACAGGUUUAACGAUAACCAACGCCAAGGAAUCGGACGUUUAUGCCUUCCUGGAUGAGUUGAAAGCCGCCGAGUUGGCGAACGAUCUCGGGAUGAACGAUACCUCAGAUAAUUUCAAGAUGAACGACACGUCGAAGACGAACGACACGUCGACGUCAGAGGAAUCGACGGGCGCAACAGAGAUUCUACCCAAUCUGGUUAGUUUCGCGUGCAUGUCUUGUUCGUUGGUGUCGUUCAACAUGUCGUGGCACGGUUUCGAGCGCCUGAAAACGUUAUAUCUGGUGAACAACAAGUUGCCGCGAGUACAGAACGUGUUGAUGAUUCGUACGAUGAAUCUAAGCGAACUUACGUACCUAGAUCUGUCGGGCAAUUUGUUAUCGGACCUCAGUGCUGAUUCUUUCAGGACGCUCGUCGGACUUGUGCAAUUGCAUUUAAAUGAUAACAACAUCGUUACGGUGGACGAGAACGCGUUUCGCGGUCUUGAUCGACUGGAAUUUCUCGAGCUGACGCACAACAAGUUGACGGACCUGCCGGAUAGAGUGUUCACGCCGCUAUACUCCUUGCAAAAACUAAAUCUCAGACGGAACCAGCUGCAAGUCUUGGGCGUCAGGUGGUUCGAAAAUCUCGACAAAUUAAGAGAACUCAAUCUUUCGAGAAAUAGACUGACCAAACCAGCGUCGGGAAUGUUGCAAUCGUUAUUAUCUAUUCUAUGGCCAACGGAAAAUCCACUGAAAGAGAGAGACGUGUCUUUAUUAUUGUGUACCGGAAGUAGAUUGGAAACGGUAGAUCUGUCUCAUACUGGGUUAACGCGAGUUCCUGCUACUUUGACGCGAUCGAUCAGAACACUCAAACUCACUUAUAAUAAUUUGACUACUAUUCGCAGUGGUGAUUUUGAUAGCUACCCUCUGUUGCGUCUGUUGGAUAUCUCCUAUAAUCAAUUGAUAAAUAUUGAAAACGACGCUUUGGGGCGGCUAGAGGUUUUGGAAGAGCUUGAUCUAUCUAAAAAUGCACUUUCAAAGAUACCGAGUAGUUUACCGAGUAGUCUUGUGAUGCUUAAUUUGCAGGGAAAUGCGAUAACCGCAUUGAAACUCGAUGAUCUCAAUGGUCUGUACAAUCUGAAAUCGUUAAUGUUGCAAUCUAAUUCCAUCAGUGAGAUCGACGUGGGCUCGUUCGGUCAACUGUCUCUGCUCACCAAGCUGGAUCUAUCCAAUAAUCCCAUCAAAGCGUUACCAACUAAUACUCUAAGUGGACUGAGUAAUUUAACGAAUCUACGAAUGACAAAUCUCAAGUCGCUUCAACAACACCAAGAAGAACAAAGCGAUAUGGCAUUUCCAAUGCCGACUCCAGAGCGUUUAGUGUCGUUAUAUGUGUCGGGCAGUCCGGUUCUUGCGAGGCAACUACUGGCGGAUGAUGCUGCGCUAUCCGCCUGCAAAAGCUUGACAACGCUGGAUCUCAGCAAUACCAACAUCAGCACCAUCAGAUCCGACAUCGUGUACAUGUUGCCGGAGCUGCACUUUCUUAAUAUUUAUAAUAACAAAUGGAACUGUACAGAGGAUCAGUAUUGGUUAGGCGAGUGGUUCAGGCAAUAUCGACGGGCAGAUUAUAAUACACCACCGCAAUGUUUCUAUCCGCCAAAACUAAAGGGAUUAUAUUUGCACAACCUGCCACCGCCAAAUUUCGUUUCCACAACCGCGGGAAUCGUCACGACAGCAGCGGCAAGCACCUCAGUUACCCUAUCUGUCGUCUUCACGCUCGAGCAUACGUCGAAUACUGAUCAGCCAAACGUCACAGUGUCUCCCAAUAUCGAAGAUGAGAAUUCCGACGGCAACGUCACGGAUCUUUUCAUGCUAUCUUCCGUAAAUGCGAAAACCGAAUCAAAAACGGUAGCUGACUCGGAUUUUCUCUCCACUACGGAAACCGUCACUGCGACGACAGCGCCGAAAAAAAUUCCGCCAAUCUACGAAGCGCCGACAUCCUUCCGUAACGUAACGUCGUCAAUCACAAUGCAAAUGAGCGAGGAGCCGGAUCGAAAGAGCAAUAAAACAAAUCGUACCUCGAGGGAUCAAAAUUUAAUGAAGCAGAUCGUCGUUCCGACCUCUCGGGCACCGAGGAAACCCAAGCUAACCAUUAAGAGAAUGGAAGACGCGAAGUCGCGUCCGCAAACUUUCGAUAACCGGACCGACGGUGGAACGGCGCGGAAAAACGGCACAAUGAGCAAAGUUGCCGUGUCAGGCGUCGGCGAGAUCCUCUCGUCGAGGUCCUCGAACGUGGGAAGGAAAACGAUCGAGAAGCACUCGAACAGCACGAGCAAUGCGACGAAGACGGUGUUGGAGGACGGGCACGAUUCGAAAACGAUAGCGGAAGAAUUGAACAGUCGAGCGACCGAUUCCGGUGCUAGAGUGUCCGAAGCUUUAUCCGCCGGCGCCCAUCCCGGAAUGUUGGUGUUAGUCGGCGCGGCCCUCGGCGCCGUCGCGGCGUUGACCGUCGUACUUUCACGAAGGGCAACGGUGCAUCGUACGGACAGGUAUCAUCGUCACGAGAACAUCGAGGUGCACACUCUCACGCCUAUUACGGAACUGUGGUGACCAGAGUCGGAACACGCCUGUCUGUUCGAGAGGGACGGGCGGCUGGACAUUGAGAAUCGUGAUCGAGAAGCGUCGACGCUACCGUCGAGUCCGCGGCUGAUCGAUGUGUGUUUAAGAAAGAUCCUCAAGUAAACUCACCGGUAUCGGGGGAUCGAAAGUGUGCAUCCUAUUAUUGCGACGAGAUUUAAGUGGAUCUGCCGAGUAGAGGUACGAUAACUGAAGUGUUAAUCAGAAAGUUGGUAGGAUUCUUCCGACUGGGGUAACCACGAGCGACUAAACGUCGAAGUUGGGAACGAGAUACUCCGAACUAAUCCGUAUCGCUUCGGGAACCGCCAAUACGCCGCGGAUUACGCGAGGAGCAAUAUCGGAAGGAACAAGAAAUUAUUGCGUCUUAAAACUUCUCUCUAAUGUAAAAUCAACAAAAAGAAGACUGUUGCCGUUGUGACUAUUGUGACUGUCGAAAAUCUGCGGUGCAGUAAUUAGGGACAGAUGUUCAUAUGAAUUCUAACAGAUUUUGAAAUCUAACAAGAUAUAAACAAGUGUUACUUAUAAAAUCAAUCUCUGUAAGGGCGUAUAUGGCUUAUCGAGUUCUUCGAAAAUCGCGAGCGACCCAGUAUGUAGAGUCAUCCAGAUGUCGAUAUUGGUAUAGUAUCCACUCGAUGGAAAGAAUACCCGACGACGACACUGUUCAAACUCCAUCAACGAUGGAGAUACGGACGUCAAGGACUGUAACCAAGACGUUAAAAGCACGAGCGAAAAUCACCGCGUUAUUUCGUAUAAAUUCUGACGUAUAUAAACACAUCCGGUGCUGUACGUGUCGUCCAUCGGGAAAUACUAGACGCGUGCUGCGAACAAAAAAAAAAAAAAACUCGGGGGAAAAAAACUUCGUGCAAAAAAAUUUGGCACUAUUUCGAUGUACAUCGCGGUGGAUUGGCAUUAAAACCCCCGAGCUUCUCUCAGUAAUAAAUGCCAAUCGUAGAAGGAAAGGUACAAACGAAAACUAAAUACGGAAUUAUACGCGUGAGAGACCUCUGAGCCCGUCAAAACCAUCCGUUGGUGUUUGAAAUCUUCUAAAUUUCGAUAUCGCGCGUACGCAGUCAUCAUAGGCGUGUCAUAAUUGUUAUGGCAAUAACCACAGGCGAGCGAAUUUAACGAUUUAGUUGAUUGGCUUGGAGUCAGACCGAUAAAUUGGACACAGUGACAAUAAUAAUGGUUACACGCCGCGUCUCAAGAGCCUGGCUCUUCGCGGUACGCUCAAUUCCUGAGGAGACUAUAUUGUGACUGAAAUGAAGUACGAGUGUAAUAAAAAGUAGGAAGAGAGCAUAAGGCUAGAGAGAGAGAUAGAAAAACGUGGACGUGGUAGAGAAGCAGAUAGGAUAAUGCCAAAACGCAGAAUGUAGGAGAUGAAAAAUUCGCGGUGGCAAAUAGUAUGCUUGAAUGAUAAAACCAGAUGGGGGGCUAGAGAGUGUGUUAGACGGAAGAAUUUUUAUCGAAGGCGUGUGCGUGUGCGAGAGAUCGAGAGAAUCGAGCGUAAGAUAAAGAGAGAGAAGGGAGAUUAAUUCGAGAAAUCCUUCUCGUGAGUAUAGUAAAACGGGAUGUACAGAAAUAUUGCUUCCGUACUUAAUUCCAUUAAGCUUGAUGAAUUGUCGUCAAGACUUCUCAACAAAUACAAAAAUGUAAGAAAAAAUGUGUGUGUGUGUGCGUGAGAGAGAGAGAGAGAGAGAGAGAGAGAGAGAGAGAGAGAGAGAGAGAGAGAGAGAGAGAGAGAGAGAGAGAGAGAGAGAAGACGAGAACGAAAACGAGAGAGCAAAUAGACAAAAAAACGAAGAGGCUAAAUAUUAUCUUUCUUAAAAUAACCAGUGUCAAAGUACCCCUCCCCCGCUAUAACAAUAAACCGAUGUACAAAGAUGCA